GGAACCCAGUCACAUAAACACAUUCGCAAAAGGAACAGUCAUAGACCUACGAGCCGGAAAGCUUCGUAAAAUAACUUGGAAAUCUAAAAGGAGCUAAGCGUUUUGUAUUCGAGUUCUUUGUUUGAGAUUUCUGCGCUUGCAGAUUCGUUUUACACCACAACUGCCACUCCAGAUGCAAGUCCGAAUCUACUGAAGGCAACAUGUUUGAUACCACAUUGGGAACAGUCUUGGGCCUGGUGGUGCAGUUUGUGUUCCUGAUAUUCUAUCAGAUCCUGGGACAAAUGGUGCAGCAUCCACUGAUUACUACUGGACUUUGCCUGCUGGGAGCAUUCGCCUACCACGCGGAUCAGGAAUCACUGAAAGAGGUGCAUCAGCGCAUACUGCUUUUGGUUAGGAUUCCACUGCAAUAUUGGAACAAAUCGAGCUUGAGAUAUUCUGCUUCAGGUUAUGGAUACGACAUGAAUCACGGCCCGCAUACCUGGUUACCAAAGUCCGGGUUAUCUGUCAGUUCUGUAGAGGAAGCAAACUGCUUUCAGAGCCCAGUCAACAUCGAUGAGACUCAAAUUCAACGCAUGGCCAUAAGGGAGCUGCUGAACUGGAACCACUAUGAUGACCUGCCCGCCAGCAUCAUGCUGGAGAAUACGGGUCAGACACUUGUACUCCGGGCGCAGUUCCACGGUAAUGCGCCAACUAUCAGUGGAGCUGAUCUCUUGGCCAGCUAUACGUUUUUGGAGCUGCGCUUCCACUGGGGCUGGUGCAACAGCGAGGGAUCCGAGCACACGAUCAACCACAGAAAGUUCCCACUUGAGAUGCAGGUUAUGCACAAAACAGGAUCGGGCAUUCCCAGGACGUGCACCAGCAGCUAUGAUCUGCUGAUGAUCGGGUACGUUUUCGACUUGUCCGCCCACAAUCCGUUCCUGGAUCCGCUGGUGCAAAAUUUGCGAUUGGUUCAGAAGCCUGGAACGCGCGUGCAGAUUCCACCAUUUCCCAUAUCCUACUUGAUGUAUCCAUUUCGAUCCGGCUUCUAUUCCUACGGCGGUUCGCUGACCCACCCGCCCUGCUACCAGGGCACCGAAUGGUUCAUCUUUCCCGAAUCCCUAGCCAUCAGCGACUUUCAGCUGCGUCACUUUCGCUUGCUCCUCGGGCCGGACGGGAUUUCGCCCAUAACCCGCAACAGCCGACCCGUCCAGAACAUGGGCAACCGGGUCGUAAGCCUCAACUGCUUCUGCCCAUAUGAUGCCGCCCAGUUGUCCAGAAUGCAUGUGGAGCUUUGCCAGCACCAAGCUCAGGAGGAGCACGAGGAGGACCGCAUCGAACAGGAGCAGCAAUUGGAGCUGGAGCGGGAGCGGGAACGGGAACGGGAACUAAAAGCUCAGCAGGAGCGCGCAAGCGAGGCGGCGGCCAUCGCCGCCUCCGAGGACGAGGGUCAGCUGGUGGAGACCAUAGACACCACGACCAUAAUAACCAGCAGCAGCAACACUAGCUUAUGUAUGACCACCCUGUUGCGCAAGGAUUCGCCUAGGGAACUGGAACAGCCACCUCAAAUGCCCAUGAUGGCUCCCAAUCAAGGUUCAUUUUGCAAUCCUGGCAUUGUCAUUUUCAGCGGCACCAAUGAGUCCAAGUCCAAGUGCGGCCUCCAUCAGGACACACCGGAGGAGCUAAUGAUCCAUAACAGAGGAAUGAACAUGGCUGUCCAGAAUGGCUGCAAGGCGGAUGCCUUUUGCAGCGUGGGCGAUGGCGUCAACAUCGGGAUACGGAUGGAGAUGGUUGAGUAGCAGAUAUGCGCUUAUCAACCAGUAUGUCCUCCAUAGACACUGCAUUUGUGGUCCAACCUGCACGAAGAUGAAGUACAUGGAACACUGGUCAAGGCCGAUUGGGGGCCAACUGCUGCUCUGUGUGCCCGGAAGCGAUUGAAUCGCGUGCGCGUGGAUUAAACAAGUUGCGUUUAUAUUUUCUGAAGCAUAA